GUAGUUAUCAUUGCGUUUCUGUUGGCAUUUUGAAAAGUUGUUGGAGGGCUUAGGUGGAAUGGUGUGAAGUGUUUGGUAUAAUUAAACCAAAUUUUAUAAAUGUGUGGUGAACACAUGCAAUGUACAUGUUCCUGUAGUUUGAAGCCGGUUUAAGACUUCGUGUUUGUGGCCUCUUGGCAUUGUAAGGUUACAGGAUAAGGUAAGAAAUCCUAGUAGGUUGAGCCCCCUGGGUCACGGUGUAGUUAUCCUGCCAGUACCAAGAAAACAAUAAAUUUAUCAAACAGCAUGGUCUGAAGAAACUGGAACAUAGUGUUCAAAAUGUCUAGUGAAAGGAUCAUCCAAAAAAGGCAUCUGAAUAACCUGUAGACAGAUUACAAUUAAUGAUCAUGUAAGCAUUAUAUAAUUGUUACUAUUUGUUUGAUAGUUCUGGAGAGGCGUGUUGUCUGUCCUAUAGUGGUAUCAGUGAAGGGAAGCUGUUUCCAGUGAUGAUGGAUGCCGAGUUGCUGAGUGACCAGGGCCCACACAGUGUUGCCCUCUCUGUUCAGCUGUCCUGCCCAUGCAAGGAGCCCUGAACAAAAGGGAGGGCAGUGAGAGUCAUCAGAGUCAAUGCACUAGAGAGGACAUGUGUGCAGUGCCAUGCCUCUUAUUAGAGGUGCAGCUGCAGUUCUGCAGUUGGGUUAUGGUUGAACGUGUCUGUGUUUCAGCUCUGAGGCCUGCGACUCACCAGCACGACACCUCAAGUGACUCGUCUGUCAUAAGAAGAAGGAGUUGUUGCUGUACAGUCAUAACCAGCAAGAUACAGCAUUUCUCUGACGUCCAUUAUGCUGUCCUAUCAUCCAUGCAUGACAGGAAGAUACUAUUACAGUAUUACAGGAAGAAAUGUCAGUUUGAUGUGUGUGACCAUGUCAGACUGAUACGUAUUUGUCCAACAAACUGCCUCUCUUGCUUUACUAUGUUUGCAUGCAGGAGGGUAACACAUAUGCAUGAUAUCAUCCGACUUUGUAUCUUACUUUGAUGCCAUCGAUACGCAACAUCGGUUAUUAUUCAUUUGCUUUUCUUUAUUGACACUACAUGUUUCGGCCCAACCAGCCAUCUUCAGGUGUACAGGUUGUUGUGAUUGCAGAAUCUGCUGCUCACUGUAAUGCUGUUUUGUUUCUGUUACGUAGAGUGGAGAUCUCGGAUUGCAUCUGGUUAUGUGGGUUAGUCAUCUGUUUUUUUAUUUAGGUGUCCUUCCGCUGCUGGUGUAUGCUUCAUGGUUUUGUGUGGCUGUGGCUGUCUUGAAUGUUCUUGCUGGGGCAGGAAUUUGUUGUCUUGAUGACCAACCACAGCACAACAAAUAUGCCCAGCUCAAGGACACCUAAACAAAAAACAGAUGGUUAACCCACAUAACCAGAUGCAAUCCGAGGGCUCUACAUAACAGAAACAGA